AUGCACUGGCGAGAGCAUCUUCCUUUCAAGAAGCAAUCCCACCUCGCCCUGAACAAACCUUCCCGGUCUCCUCGCGGCGCUGUGUUGGCGGGACUCGGCCGCCAGGUGGCGCGCGUGCCCCGCCGUGAGAGGGUUCUGCUCGGUCCCACAGUCCAGGCCCGGUUUCCGCUUGGUCUCGCAUCGCCCGGAGGGUCCAGUUUGCCGGGGCUGGAGACCCUGGCCAGGAGUUCAGCUCCCCGAGCAGAGAGCGACAGGAGGGCUCGGGGGUUCAGGAAGGGAUGCGGCCACCAUGAGCCCUACAUCUCCUUUCGUUCUGCAAUGAUCAUCCAUACCUCCCGCUGUGCGCUGGACAAGUCGCCCUCCCAGAGUUUGCGCCCCGGCGGGGAGGACAGACGAGAACCCACAGUCACGACCCCGCCAAGGGCGGGGGAAGAAGCUGAGAAGCCAGAUACCAAGGAGAAGAAACCUGAAGCCAAGAAGGCUGAUGGCGGUGGCAAGGCUAAGAAGGGUAACCAGAAGGCUAAAACCCCGAAGAAGGGGACCCCACUGCAGCCGAAAUCCUGUCCUAGUCAGAGGAACUGGCAGAUACUCCCGAUGGGCUAUGUAUCCAGAAAGGCCAUGUACAAGAGGAAGUAUUCGGCAGCUAAAUGCAGGGUUGAAAAGAAAAAGAAGGAGAAGGUUCUUGCUACCGUCACAAAACCAGUUGGUGGUGACAAGAACGGUGGUACCCGAGUGGUUAAACUUCGCAAAAUGCCUAGGUAUUAUCCUACUGAAGACGUGCCACGAAAGCUGUUGAGCCACGGCAAAAAAUCUUUCAGUCAGCAUGUGAGAAAACUGCGAGCUAGCAUCACCCCUGGGACCAUUCUGAUCAUCCUCACUGGGCGCCACAGAGGCAAGAGGGUAGUUCUCCUGAAGCAGCUGAGCAGUGGCUUGCUACUUGUGACUGGACCUCUGUCCCUCCAUCGAGUUCCUCUGCGUAGAACACACCAAAAUUUCGUCAUUGCCACUUCUACCCAAAUUGAUAUCAGCAGCGUGAAAAUCCCCAAACAUCUCACGGAUGCUUAUUUCAAGAAGAAGUUGCGUUUACCCAGACACCAGGAGGGUGAGAUCUUCGACACUGAGAAAGAGAAAUACGAGAUUACAGAGCAGCGCAAGGUUGAUCAGAAAGCUGUGGACUCACAAAUUCUGCCAAAAAUCAAGGCUGUUCCUCAGCUUCAGGGCUACCUCCCCUCUGUGUUUUCUCUGACAAAUGGAGUUUACCCUCACAAAUUGGCGUUCUAAAUUUCUGACAAAGAACCUAAUUAAAUAACUGAUCCAAAAAA